GUAGUUUGUUACGUUUGGUGAUGUGUUAAUACUAAAAAUGUGUGAAAUAUUGGUUUAAGUUGAAUUUAUUUUUAAUUCUUCAUAAUUAAAGAUGUCUUCUUUUCUUUGUUUUAUAUGUCAUAGUACGGUGAACGCCAAUACUAAUGAAGAAACUCGCGAAAAAUAUAGAGAAGUGGUUGGCAUGAAUUUAUGCCCUGAUUCACAUCUUUGUCAUAUUUGCUGCCAUGUGCUCAACAGGCUGUGGCUAUUUCGGUCAGUCUGUCUCAAGAGGAGUUUGGAGUAUCCUGUACUAUUUAGUGAAAAAGGAACGUUGAAUAUCCAAAGAAACUAUCUGGAACUGUACACCAUUUGCCCGGAAGACACUUGUGAGCAUUACAAAAGCCGCAACCUUAACAGCAAAUAUUACAGUAUCACCCAUUUCGAUGAACAUAAUGAUAUAAACCUAAAAGAGCAAGAAACCAAUGACUAUGUUGAAUUAUACGAAGAUUUAGAGUUUGAAAAUAUUCUAGCUACAAAAUAUAAGCAACACACAUUUGACACGGCUAACGAACAAGCGAUUCCAGAGGCUGUUCUUGAUGUCCAAGAUACAGACUGUAGGUAUAAUUUUGAUGAUGAAAAAUCACAUAGUGAUGAAGCAUCGAACGUUGAUAAUGUAUACAAUGAAGAAGAGUUAGAUGGUGAUAUCAAUGAUUAUGAUAAUUUUAAGGAUCAAUACACUGAUGUUGGUUAUAAUGAUAAUGAUAUUGCAAUAAUUAACAAAGAAAAGACACCGGACGACGAUAAAGUAGCGAAUGAGGUGAAACAGAAGAAGAAGAAAGUGAAAAAGAAGGGCAAUAAGAUUAAUAAAAAGUUCGAGAAGAUAGUUUUGAGUGUGGAAGAACAGAAGGCUGAAUUGGAGAGGAACAGAAGAAUUGAGAAGUAUAUAGCAGCUGAGUUUAAAUGUUCGAAUUGUGCGAUGGGAUUCCUGUUUAAAGACACCUAUCAAGCUCAUAUGAUGAGGCAUGAGGAAUCAAACGGUGAACAUCGUUGUAACAUAUGCACCCUUCGUUUCGCGAAUCCUGCAGUAUUGAGAUCUCAUGUAGGACUUCAUUCGGAGAGAUACAGGUGUCUCAAAUGCGACUUUACGGUUAGAAAGAGACAGAGGGUGUCGCACGCGACCGAUUGUUAUGAGUUAAAAGUGGAUUCUGUGGCUUGUCAUCUGUGCGGGAGAGUUUUCAAGGACUCGAACGGUGUCCAUCAACAUCUAAAGCGCUUUCAUCGCUCGCAGCCGGUUAAAAGCUAUUCUUGCAGCGUAUGCUUACAGCGGUUCAACAAUCCAGCCGCUGUUAGGACACAUAUGAUUACCCACAUCCAGCGCGCGUCGCCCUGUCUUCAAUGUAAUGCGGUAUACAGCAGUCCGCACACUCUCACGCGACACGUACGUCUGAAACACGGGGCACACCCGCAGGCGGUGCUGGCGUGCGACCUGUGCGGGAACGUGUACAGCGGCAGGAAGAGCUUGUUGGCUCACGUGAGGAAUGUGCAUUUGAAAAGCAGAGAAGAGAAGAGACGUCCUCGUCCCACUCGCCCCCGUCCCAUUCGUCCCAACAACACUCCGGCCAUUUGCCAUCUCUGCGGGACUACAUUCAAAUGUAACAGCAAAUUGAACCGCCAUUUAAGAGAAGUUUGUGACAAGAACAGACUUGAAGAGGAACUGUCAUCAUAUUACGCACAAAACGCUGGCGUUUAAUUAUCAAAAAGUUUGUGAAUAAAAUGGAAUGUAUGGACAAAUA